GAGUCGGGCCGAGCGGAGCCGAGCCGAGCCGAGCUUAAACGUCGAGCGAGGCCGAAGCCGAAGCUGAAACCGUGUAGGCAAAAGCGAAGGGUUCGGCGCGGCGCGGAGCGGUGGCUGACAAGCGGAUAGACGACCGCAGGCAAGCGUAUUCGCGAGCGAGUACGGCCGAGAACGUGCGCGCGCGGUUUCCCAAUCGAAUUCAAUCGACUGCGUUCUUCUGGCCCGAACACUUUGUCCUCUGUCGGGUUCUCGUUUUUGUUCGAGGCCGGUGCGCGUCUUCCCGACUGGACGCGCGCGUGUACCGGCCGUGUAUGGACGGCGGCACGCGUGCACGAGUCGAGGAGGAAAAAGCCCUGGAUUCGUCUCGCCUGCGAUCCUCCGUUCGGCUCGGCUUUGCGAGUUCCUCCUCGGCCGGCGGCUCCCGUAUCGCCAGGCGUAAAAAGAAGAAGAGGAGACGGCAGCAACAUAGAAACAGUAACGUCGACGACGAGGACGAGCUCGUCGUCGUCGGUGCCGGUGCCGGUGACAGCGGCGGUGGUGACGACGGCGCCGGAGAAUCGACCACCGACACCGUCGAGGCCUCGGUGAAGGAAGAAGAGGAACAGGAACGGCAGCAACAACAACAACAACAGGGGCAACCGAUCCCCGGCGAGGAGCGGACCAAGCAACCGAGGAAUCGAUUUUCGCACAGCAACGAAUCCCAACGAAACUCGACGACCAGAGGAGGAAGCGGCUCGCACGCGGCUGCCUCCUCCAUCAGCUCCGGCAACACGCUUCUCAACCGUCGAGCUGCCACCAAGCGAUCGUCCAGGAGAUGCAACGCGAACGCGCGUAGAAACGCGAUGACGAUGGAUCUCCAGAGACUGAUCACAGAGGUACACGCCAGACCCGCGAUCUGGGACCAGAAGAACGUCAACUAUCACAAUCGCGACGUCAUCCUGAAGAUGUGGCGCGAGAUCGCGAGGGCUUGCGAGGUCUCCACGGACGUCGCGAAGUCCAAAUGGAAACACUUGCGAGACAAUUUCCGCAACGAAUUAAAGAAAACUUAUCGAGGGAAGUGCGACGGUGGCAGCGAGCACGAUUCGAAAUGGGUUUGGUUCAAGAGCCUGUUCUUCCUUCGGGAUCAGAUGAACUCGAGGGUGAUCGGCUGUACCCUUUCCCAGAAUUGCUCGGCCCUGCGAUCGUCGCCGGACGGUACUCAGAUCGAACCCCAGAUCGACAUAUUGGAAGGCCACGAGGAGACCACCCAGUUCGACGAUCUAGACGGCGACUCGUGCCAUUCCCUCUUGUCGAACGACGACGGUUUGCACCAAGUUAUGCCACCGCCGAAAAUGAGUAAAAUCGGUAGGAAGAGGAGUCUGAUGGACGCGAUGGAGAACAGUUAUUCCGAGGUCGACAGGAAGAGAUUCGAGUCGCUGCACAAAAGGUUGUCGCAAGAAGAGGAGGACGACACUUAUCAUUUCCUCAUGAGCGUUCGAAAUCCUAUGAAGAGUUUACCGCUCGACAGGCAAAUGUUCGUCAGGUUGAAAAUACAAGAGCUCGUUUAUAACGAGAUCAACUCGCAGAAUCAACAGAAUCGAACGUACGAAGACGUGAAGCCACCGAGAACGGGGAACGUGGGUGCUACGGGACUCGUGGGCGGCGACGUCGGCCUCGGCGAAACCGUCGGGGGUGGCAUCGAUGCCAACGGUGACGCCGACGAUGGCAACGGAAACGGUAGUAGCAGUGGAGUACAAACCGUCAACCACCCCGGGUCGUUACUUCAGAAUUGCGCGACGGAGGGUUCCAACGAUGAUACCUAUUUCGGUUAAUUUCAUUUGACUCUUAAGAUUUAAGAAUUGUAAUUUUAUUCAUAGGAAAUAAACGAUGGUAUUUUUUCAA